ACGCCGGACUUCUGCUCGCCUCAACCACCUGCGCCGCCGCCGCCUCUGGUGACCUACGGUGAUGGCAGCGCGAUACCGCCGUGUCCGCAGCAUUACUGGGACGGGGACGACCUGGUAGAUGAGUGUGGGCGUGUGAUCCGACGAAAGACGUCGGCCAACAAGAAGGAGCGUCGGCGCACCCAGAGCAUCAACAACGCCUUCGCGGAGUUGCGCGAGUGCAUCCCCAACGUCCCGGCCGACACCAAGCUCUCCAAGAUCAAGACGCUGCGCCUCGCCACCUCCUACAUCGCCUACCUGAUGGAGGUCCUGCACACGGAGGACUCCACCGCCGCCCCCCCGCCCGAGCCCUUCCGCGCCAAUCUGCCGCCCAGAACCAGGCCUUCCCAGGCCAUCUCCGGCGACCACGACAAGGACGAGAGUGACAUGGAGACGGAGCCCACCACGCCCACGGGGGCCGCCCAGGGCAGCGUGAGGGAGGGACACUCGAGAGGCGGAAAGGCAGGACGGGAUGGCCGGAGACCGUGUGGGCGCAGGAGCUCAAGCACUAGAGGGGCGUCGGGCAGAAUCCUGUAGUGGAAACCCAGUCGGGAAUCCCCGGUGGAGCCUGGUGAAGCCUCCGGUGAAGCCCCGAGGCAGAGUGAAGAGGUGUUCGGGAACUCUUUAAAGAGCCCUUGGUUGCACGCCGCGUAGGGGUUCCAGGGCUCGGGUUGUAAAAGGCUUAUUAUGUCGCUGUUUGUCUGUGGCGUGUCUUGCCGUCUGUUCCACUUCCAACUUCCGUUUCACGGU